UUGUAUAUAUUAAGGGUACCCAGGUUAGUAAUCCCACGGUGUAUAAAAGCAUCUCAUCUUGCCAGGUCCUGGAACCUUUUUGAGAUUCUGCCCCAGGACGCAGACUUUCAACAGGAUGAAGACUGCAACUUGUUCCCUUCUCAUCUGCAUCUCCCUUCUCCACCUGAUGGUCCUAGUGAAUACUGAGGGGACCUUAGACUCUAUCGUGGAGAAAAAGGUCAAGGAACUUCUUGGCCAACGAGAUAACUGUGCCUCCCCGGUAACGAAGACUUUCUCCUGCACUAGUGUCAAGGCAUCAGGCAGAUUGGCCUCUUGUCCCACUGGAAUGGCUGUCACUGGAUGUGCUUGUGGCUAUGGUUGUGGAUCUUGGGAUAUCCAGAAUGGAAAUACUUGCCACUGCCAGUGCUCAGUCAUGGACUGGGCCACCGCCCGCUGCUGCCAGCUGGUCUAAGAAUGAGGAGGCUGAGAACCUAGCUUUGAGAAGAAAACAAUAACAAAACCACAAUCUCAACUUGGAAACCUGGCUCAUAUUCCCUUGAUAAAUUCAUAUUACCCAUUAGCCUUGCUUCUUGGAAAAUAAAGACAAAUUUGUAUGUGUUUG